AUGUCAGAAGGGAUCGACGCCCAGCCUGUAGCCGGGGCUUCCCGGGUGGAGCUCCGCGUCUCCUGCUGGAGCCUCCUGCUGCGCGAGGAGACCAUCAAACCGGACCCCUGCGUGAUGCUCCAGUUGUUCAGCGACGGGCAGUGGAAUGAGGUGGGGCGCUCCGAGGUCCUGCGCGGCUCCCAGAACCCGUCUUCGCCACACGUCUUCUCCCUGGACUACUUUUUUGAAGAGAUGCAGAUUUUGAAAUUCGAAGUGUUCGACGCCGGCGGGGAGGGUGCUGAAGAUGGGGGGUCUGAGCUGGGGCCUCUCUUAGCAGUCGAAUGCUCUUUGGGGCAGAUCGUCUCUCAGACCAAAGCCACCAAGCAGCUGUCGCUGGCAAGUGGAGAGCCCACAGAGAACUCGACCAUCACGAUCGAAGCGGAGGAGGUCUCCCGGACCAAUGAGUUUGUGCAGCUGGAAUUUCACGGCCAGGAAUUGGAUGACAAGGAUUUCUUCAGCAAGUCCGACCCCUUCCUGGAGAUCUACAAGGUGAACAGCAACAACAUGGAGCAGCUAGUUUGGAGGACAGAGGUGGUGAAGAACAACCUGAGCCCUCGGUGGGAGGCCUUCCGGGUCUCCCUGCAGUCUUUGUGCAGCUGCGACCCGGACAAGAGCAUCAGGUGCAUCAUUUACGAUCACGACUCCAGUGGAAAGCAUGACUAUAUUGGCGAAUUCAGCACCACCUUCCAAGAGAUGCUGCAGGCUUCUGCAGGAGAAGAGGUCAAAUGGGCGUGCAUCAACCACAAGUACCUUGAGAAGAAGAAACAUUACAAGAACUCGGGGCACAUCGUCCUCACUCAGUGCAAGAUGGAGAAAGUCCACACCUUCCUAGAUUACAUUAUGGGGGGCUUGCAGAUCUCCUUCACGGUGGCCAUCGACUUCACCGCUUCCAACGGGGAUCCCCGGAGCGAACAUUCCCUUCACUUCAUCAACCCCAAGGAGCCCAACGAGUACUUGAAGACCUUGUCUUCGGUGGGCGAGAUCUGUCAGGACUACGACAGUGACAAGCGCUUCCCGGCCUUCGGUUUCGGUGCGCGGAUUCCUCCAGACUUUGAGGUGUCUCACGAUUUCGCGAUCAACUUUGACCCGGAGAAUCCAGAAUGUGAAAGGAUCGUGGGCGUGAUCGAGGCCUACAAGCGCUGCCUGCCCCAGAUUCAGCUCUACGGGCCGACCAACGUCGCCCCCAUCAUCAACAAGGUGGCCGCUCCUGCAGCCGAGGAGGAGAAAACGGGGCUGCCCACGAAGUACCGCGUGUUGCUGAUCCUCACAGACGGGGUGGUGAGCGAUAUGCCUGAGGCGUGCGACGCUGUCGUCCGGGCCUCCCGGCUGCCGCUCUCCAUCAUCAUCGUGGGCAUCGGGAACGCAGACUUCUCGGACAUGCGGGAGCUCAACGGGGACCGCGGGAUGCUGGAGUCGGACGAAGGCCGGGCCGUGCGUGACAUCGUCCAGUUCGUGCCCCUCCGGGAAUUCAAGAAGGCUCCUGCCAACGCCCUGGCCAAGUACGUACUGGCCGAGGUCCCCAAGCAGGUGGUGGAGUACUACGGAAGCAAAGGGAUCGCACCCGGGACGCAGAAGCCCUCCUCCUCGCUGCCCCAAUGAGUUCCACGUUCACCUCUCCCUACGGGCCUGUCCUGUCCAGCACCUGAAUGUGCCUGUCUUCUCUUUCCCCUCACCUCUGCCUGUCUUCCGGCCCUCGGUCCCUUAGGAAACACCCCCUCCGCCUCUUCAGGUGGGGAAGAAAGAGAGAAAAGAGAGAGCAUUUCUGCUCCGGCCCUUCCCUGGGCUUUCACCCACGACUCAGGAUGGCAGCUGGAACCGUGCCCCGCCCAGAUGUUGCCAGCUGUUUCCCCUCUUC